CUGCUGGGCAGCAAGGUGGCCGUGUUCCUGACCAGCGGCCGGGGCCAGGCCCUGGAGGGCAUCGGCAAGGUUGCCCUGGAAUAUGUGGCUCUGGGCAUCAUCCCGGUGGUGGUAACCUUCAACUCCCUGCCCGUGGUGGAGCAGGCGUUCCAGAUGGACGAGAAGUUCAGAGUGGUCCAGCUGCCGGUGGCAGACUCAUCCCGGGAUGCGGAGGCGCUUCGGGAAGCCGUGUUCCUCUGCACACUCUGCUUUGAUCUGUGCAACCCUGGCAACUGCAGGAAGGAGUCCCCGCUGGGCCUGGACCUGGAUUUGGCUCUGCUGGUGGAUAACUCCCCCCUCGGCCUGCCCGCCGGGAGCAUGGGGCGGGUUUCCCAUCUCUUCAGCAGCGUCCUGAGCCAGCUGACGGUCUCCUCCCGCCCCGAGCAGCCUGAGGGUGGGACCCGUGUCUGUCUGGUGCUGACGGGGCCUUCCCGGGCUCCCCGCGCGCUGCGAGAGGACUUGUGGGAGUUUCCCUUCACCCACCAUGGCUCCAGGGAGAGGAUCGAAGAGGCUGUCCCGCUUUGCCCAGAGCCGGAAAUGGAGUAUGCCGAGAGGAUGCUGCUGUCCCGCUUUGCCCAGUGCGGGGUGUUUGCCAUGUUCGUCCUAGCCCUGGGCCAGGAGGGGGCUGGCCGGCAGGACGGGAUCGGACCGGAACCGCUGGCUCUGCCGGCGUGGAGAUACCACUUCCUGCGGCUUGGCUCAGUCCAGGAGCCGGAAAUGGAGUAUGCCGAGAGGAUGCUUCUGGGCUUCCUGAGGAACCUUCUGGUGGAAAGCCGACGGCAUCCCCCGGAACACGCCGCGUGGUGUCAGACGGAGCUCUCCCCCACCCGGCCUCAUGCCACGCCUCCACCGCCCACCCGCCCAGACAGGGUCCGCACACCCAGCACUGAGCCUCCAGGCGGGACGGAGACAUCCACCCCCAGUCCCAGCGAGGGGAGAGGUGUUGUGGAGAGCAGAGAUCCAUGCAUCCUGGACAAAGACCGUGGCGUGAAGUGCACCAACUACUCCUUGCUGUGGUACUACCGCGUGGACACGGGUUCCUGCGAGCGCUUCUGGUACGGUGGCUGCAGGGGCAACGCCAACCGGUUCAACAGCGAGCAGGACUGCAUCCGGGUGUGCAUUGACCGAAGCUCGGGGGAAGAGAAGAACUUGACUCAAGGCUGCCAGCUGCCAGCUUCCCAUCAACCCAACUUGCAGGCAGCUGAGGAGCUGGGAUCUGGGAAACCCAAGGACCCCAGCAGCCUGCCAGGUGGCCAGGCCUACCAAGGAGCCAGGCAGGUGAUCGGUGAAGCAGCCAAGCGGGUUUUUCAGGGAAUCCUGCCCGGCAGGCAGAGGAAGUGGUUUCAGCGAACUUGGACUCGCGCACGCUCAUGCUGGAAGAAGAGCAUUCACCGCUGGAGUUAA